AUGUUAAAUUGCUAUUAUAAUGUUCUUGGCGUUGAUCAAAGGGCUUCUUUGGAUGAUAUUAAAAAAGCAUACAAACGUCUUGCUUUGAUUUAUCAUCCAGACAAAAAUAAUAAUAGUCAAGAGGCAACAGAAAAAUUUUCUUUAAUUCAAGCAGCUUAUGAAGUUUUGUCAGAUGAAUCAGAAAGAAGAUGGUAUGAUACACACCGAAAGGAAAUUCUUGUUCAAAACAAUAAGACUAGUUCUUCAAGGAGUUCAUUCACUGCUAUAAGAGUAGAGGAAUUAAUGAGCUUUUUUAAUCCUACUAUUUCAAAAAAAAUGGAUGAUUCAAGUGAAGGUUUUUAUACAAAGAUAAGAAAUUUAUUUGAAAGACUAGCAUCAGAAGAGCUAGCAUAUGCAAAUGAACAAGUUAAUAAUAUAGAAAAAUUGCCAUCUUUUGGAAACGGAAAAUCCCCAUAUAUUCCAACUGUUAAAGAGUUUUAUGAGAAAUGGUCAUGCUUUUCUACUUUAAAAUCAUUUUCAUGGGUUGAUCAAUACAAAUAUAAAAAUUCUGAAAGAAAAGCAAAACGUAUUAUGGAAAAAGAAAACAACAAACUAAGAAAGAUUGCAAUAAAAGAAUUCAAUGAUGCCGUAAAGUCUUUAGUUAAUUUUAUAAAAAAGCGUGAUAUAAGAGUUAAAAUUGAAAAAGUAUCAGAGACAGAUCGUCAGGCAUCUCUUCUUGCUUCUUCCAAAGCGCAGGCGGAAAAAGAUAGGGCACUAUUUCAUGCCAGUCUUGGUGUUUAUGACGAACAAGAAUGGACAAAAAUAAAUACUAAUAUAGAGGAAGAACAAGAAGAAAAAGAAGAAAAAAUAUUUGAAUGUAUUAUAUGUAAAAAGUCAUUUAAGAGUGAGAAACAAUUCAUAGAACAUGAAAAAACCAAAAAGCAUAUUAGAUCUGUAAAUAUUUUUAAAAAAAUAUUAAAGAAGGAAUCUGAAAAAUUAAAUAUUAACAUUUUAGAGAAAGAACCAGAAUCAUCAGAUAGUGUUGAGGAAUAUUUUACAGGUGAUGAUAAUUUUGAAACAUAUCAAGAACAGGAUUUAAAUAACCUAAAACAAGAAAAUUACAACAAAGAACACAGUUCUAUUGAUGAUGAGCAAUCAUUGCAAUUUUCAGAUGAAGAAUCAGAUAUAAAAUAUAAUUCAGAAACGAGUUUUAUGGAAGUACAAGAUUAUAAAGAUAAUUUAAGCAAAAAUGUUGACUCUUUAUCAAAUAUUUUGGAUCAAAAUUUAACAAUUAAAAAAAAAGAAAAUGAUAUAACUAAAAAUAAAUCUCCAAAAAACCCAAAAACAAAAGGAAAAAAAAACAAGAAUUUAAAUAAUAAUAAUAAUACAUGUACAUUUUGCUUCGAAAACUUUUCAAGUAGAAACAAAUUAUUCGAUCAUGUUAGACACUCUGGUCAUGCUCAACCAUUACCUCAACUAAAACGCAAAAAAUAA